GCAAAGUAAAUGUAAGGUAAAUUAACUGAAACACACUACAGUUCAUCUCUUGUGUUGUUAGGGUUAACAACUGGAUUAAUUCGACAAGUCGUUUAUAUAAAAUUCAUUUAAAAUGAGUGCUAGCAAAGUAGAUCCUGUUGACAAAAAACAGGAUAAUAAUGGCAUUAUUAGUAUUAUAUUCAGCGCCUUAAAAAAAGUGUCAGUAGUAGGAAUAGUAUAUUUUGCUGGCUACAUGCAAUGGUCGGUCGCAUGGUUUAUCGGUCCGGUAAUAUUAUUUGUCCUGCGAGAUCAAUGGAAGAAAACCAGCGACCGACGAAGAGCCAUCGCCAAAGCCACCGCUUUGGCCAGCGAAGAAGACGUAGUUUUGGCACGUCUUAACGAUUUACCUGCUUGGGUCUUCUUCCCCGACAUUGAACGUGCUGAAUGGCUGAACAGGAUUAUCAAGCAAGUUUGGCCCAAUGUGAACCACUACGCCAGAGAAAUUGUUAGGGACUCAAUCCAGCCAGCUCUUAGGACCAACUUGGAAAAGUACAAACUUACAGGUUUUAAAUUUGAGCGCAUUAUAUUGGGCACCGUUCCUUUUAGAAUUGGUGGAGUCAAAGUUUACGACAAAAAUAUUGAUAGGAAUGAAAUUGUGAUGGAUUUAGAUAUAUUUUACGCUGGAGACUGUGACAUAACAUUUUACUUAUCUGGAAUGAAGGGUGGUAUUAGAGAUUUUCAGUUACACGGGAUGCUCAGAGUUGUGAUGAAGCCAUUAAUAACAUCAAUCCCCCUUGUUGGUGGCUUACAAGUCUUCUUCUUGAAUAAUCCAGACAUCGACUUUGAUUUAGUUGGCAUUGCUGACGUCUUAGACAUGCCUGGCUUAAGCGAUAUUCUCAGAAGAAUUGUAGUAGAAACUGUAGCCUCCAUGAUGGUGCUACCAAAUAAGUUCCCCAUCAAGUUGAGCGAAGAAGUCGAGGCCGUGGAACUCAAAGCUCCAGAACCUGAAGGAGUUCUAAGGGUGCACGUCUUUGAAGCCAAACAUCUGAUGAAAAAGGACAUAAGUGUCUUGGGUAAAGGUAAAUCAGACCCAUACGCGGUUGUCACAGUUGGAGCUCAAGAGUUUAAAACCAAAGUAAUCGACAACAGUGUGGAUCCAAAGUGGGAUUACUGGUGCGAGGGUGUAGUGUCAUCGUCAGAGGCACAAUUCGUGACGUGCUCAAUCUGGGAUUGGGAUCCAAAAAUGCCCAUAAAUUUGCAAGACGAUUAUUUGGGAAGGGCUACCAUAGAAGUCUCCAAUAUUGUUAAGAAGGGAAGUGAUGACAUGUGGAUCACUCUGGAACAAGCAAAACACGGAAUGGUGCAUUUAAGAUUUACUUGGCUAAGUCUGAGCAAGAACUAUUCUGAUCUCAAAGCUAUUAUUGCUGAAACUCAACACUUGAAGGCAACGAACCUGCACACUGCCUUAUUGACAGUUUUUGUGGACUCCUGCAAGAACUUACCACAAGCACGUGCUUCAACGAAACCCGACUCGUACGCAGUUUUAAGAGUAGGAAACAGCACCCAACAAACCGGAGUGCAGAUGAGAACCAUCCAUCCAGUUUGGGAACAAGGUUUCACCUUCCUGGUGCCAAACCCCGAGUCCCAUUCACUCUACCUAUCCAUCAUGGAUCAAAAAACCAACACAGAAAUCGGCCAGUUGACUUACAAAAUCAGUAGCUUGUCCACCAAGGAGAAUUUGGAGGUCAAGAAGGAGCCUUUCGCCCUCCUGAAGUCGGGCCCUGAAAGCAAAAUCGUCUGGUCAAUGCAUUUAAGAAUUUUGAAAGCUUCGCCAAAGCAAGCACAUGUAAUCUGUGUAUAUGUGUGUAGGUUUACUUUUGAUAUUGUUGCAGAAAUAGCAAGUAUGGAACAAAAGUCGUCUGAGCCAUCAACUCCAGCGCCAACAGCUGAAGACGAACCAGUUCCAGACUCACCAAUGUCUCAAAUGUCUGUGGCCCCUUCAUUUACUGAAAACUCUGGCGACGGUCUCUUGCACAGGACACCCAGUGUCACCUCGUCCGCCGGCGAAGCUGGAUUGGGCAGGAUCCAAUUAACCUUGAGAUACAGCUUGCAAAGGCAGAAGCUCAUUGUGGUGGUGCACAAAAUAGCGAACAUUCCCCUAAAGGACCCCUCCAGCAUCCCUGAUCCUUACGUCAAGUUGUAUAUUUUGCCAGAACGUGCCAAGGACUCCAAAAGGAAGACAUCGGUUGUCAAAGAUAAUUGUAAUCCAGUGUUUGAUGAGAGCUUCGAGUAUGUGAUAAAUCAGGCGGAACUACCCAAUAAACAAUUAGAGGUGACCGCCUGUACUCAGAAACAAUUGUUUUAUUCAAGUAGCAACGUUUUGGGACAAGUAAUCAUUGAUCUAUCGAAGCUGAAUCUCACUCAACCAUACAACGUCUGGUUUGAUCUGCAACCCGAAGAGUAAGGGUGGAAUCUACAACGAUUAAAAAAUUGUAUUUUUAUAUUAAAAUAUUACACUAUUGUUGAUGUCACUUUUAUUUCAUAUUAUUGCUGAUUGUGAGUAUUAACAACGUUUUACGCUUAUUGAUGUACUUUUAUCGUUGUUCAUGUGUUUAUAUUUAGAAUCUCGUAAUCAAAUUUUAUCAAAGAGAUUUAUAUAUGUUACAAAUAUUUUUAUUGGAAAUAUUUUAAAUAAAAUUUAUUAUAUAUACAUUGA